GCUUUUGGCAUUUCGACUUGAUCCCUGAAAGCGCGCGGAGCUUUCGUAUAUAGCUCCGUUUCACCCAUUGUCGGGCUUUAAAGCUCGUUUAAAACAGUAAUCGAAAGUAAAGAGGUUGUUAUUGUUCAUUUGCUAUAAUUACGUGGCCAUGCGUAUCGAUUUUCUUUUAUUUUUUUCGUGUGAAUAGAUAACCCCGAUGAUCUUAAAAUGCUGAUGAAGUUGAUACUGAUGGCAUUAUUGCCAUCGGGUAUUUUCGGGUUUGGAAAAACCGUUAAAAUCGGUGGAUUGUUCGAGGAGGAUGAUUUAAGAGCCGCCGCGUUUAGGGUCUCCGUAGAGAUGAUGAACAAUCAAAGACACGGACAUUCCGAGCUGCCAAAACAGUUCAUCGAUACGCAGAUAAUUACCGUUAAUAACGAUUCCUAUGACGUGUCGCAAUGCGUCUGUGGCCUUGCUGACGAUGGAGUGGUGGCAAUUUUUGGUCCGGGUCACAAGAUUACCGCAAGGCAAGUGCAGAGCAUGUGCGACACGAUGGAGAUUCCUCACAUUGAAGCGAGGUGGGAUUCUCGACAGAUACGGGGAAACGGACUGCUCAACAUGUAUCCGUAUUCGUAUACUUUGUCCAAGAUAUACCUGCAGCUUGCUGAGGAUUUUGAGUGGAAGACAUUUACGAUACUCUACGAAAGCACCGAGAACCUGAUUCGGAUGCACGAUCUUCUGAAGAGAUGGGAUCGCCGGGGGCACACAGUUACCGUGAGACAGUUAUCCGAAGGACCGAAUUACAGGCAUGUUCUAAGAAUGAUCAAAACGUCUGGAGACCCGAACAUAGUAUUGGAUUGUUCAAUUGAUAUACUGGCGGAAGUUUUGAAGCAAGCUCAACAAGUUGGUUUGAUGACGGACAAGCACAGCUACAUUAUCGCGUCUUUGGACUUGACGAGCAUCGAUCUUGAGCCCUACCAAUACGGUGGAACAAAUUUGACCGGGUUACGUUUGAUAGACCCCGAUGAUCCAUUGGUCAUCGAGACCUUUCAGAAAAACGCACUGGAAUGGGGUGUGGAAAGUCCAUCCCAGAUUACGGUAGAGGCAGCUCUGAUUUACGACGGUGUCCAAGUGUUCGGAAGGGCCCUGAGAGAACUGGACGACACCGUUGUGGCUGACGCGAAAUCUUCUUUAUGUCACAACGUCACUAGCUGGGAACACGGAUCUAGUCUGAUGAACAUCAUGAGAUCGAUCGAGACUGCGGGAUUAACUGGGCUGAUAAAGUUCGACUCGUCUGGUUACCGUAGCAACUUUCAUCUUGACGUGGUGAGUCUGGAAUCAGAUGGCAUGAGAAAGAUUGGAUCGUGGAACAAGACGGAAGGGAUGAGUUACAUUCCGAAGCCACUGCUGCCAGAGCAGAUAAUCGAGAUCAGUCUCCGCAACAAAACGUUCCUCGUCCUCAUAGCGAUAACUCCCCCUUACGGAAUGCUUAAGGAGUCGCCGAAGAAGGAAGUUGGGAACGAAAUGUACGAGGGUUUUGGAAUAGACAUAAUUCACGAGCUUUCUAAACUUCUGGGCUUCAAAUACAUUUUUGAGGUCCAAGAAGACAACGUUUAUGGUUCGAAGAAUUCUCAAACUGGAGAAUGGAAUGGCAUGAUAAAGAAGAUCAUGGAAGACAAAGCGGACUUGGCUAUCACUGAUCUCACAAUCACGGCCGAUCGUCAAGAAGCCGUAGACUUCACGAUGCCUUUCAUGAACUUGGGGAUCAGCAUUCUAUUCAGGAAACCAACGCCCAUCGGAUCCAGCCUCUUUUCGUUCUUGAUGCCAUUCUCGAACGAAGUUUGGAUGUACCUGCUGGGCACGUACCUUGUCGUCUCCCUGCUUUUCUUCGUCGCCGGUCGCUUGUGUCCGGCUGAAUGGAACAAUCCCUAUCCCUGCAUCGAGGAACCCGAGGAACUGGAGAACCAGUUCAGUCUGAAGAACGCCUUCUGGUUCACCAUCGGUGCCAUCAUGCAGCAAGGGUCAGAAAUCGCUCCAAUAGGCAUUUCGACGCGCAUGAUGGCCGGUUUUUGGUGGUUCUUCACACUGAUCAUAGUCUCCUCUUACACUGCUAAUUUGGCGGUAUUUUUGGUCGUUGAAUCGAAGCAAACCCUUAUCAAGAACGCCGGCGAUUUGCUCAACAAUUCACAUGGUAUCAAAUACGGAGCAAAAGUGAGUGGCUCUACCAUAGAUUUCUUUAAGGCCUCGACAGAUCCGAUUUACUCCGCAUUGAACGAUUACAUGCAAAAAAAUAAGAAAGAAGUAAUGCCAGCCACGAAUGAUGCGGGUGUGCAGAAAGUUAUGCAUGAAAAGUACGCCUUCUUCAUGGAGUCGUCAACGAUCAAGUACGAAGCGGAAAGAAAGUGCAACCUUACCCAGGUCAAUGGUCUACUCGAUGCAAAAGGCUACGGUAUCGCAAUGAAGAAGAAUUCGCCGUACCGGAACGCUCUCAGCACUGGCAUAUUGAAACUCCAAGAAACGGGGGUCCUGAAGGAUUUAGAAGACAAAUGGUGGAAGCAGAAAGGAGGAGGUGGUGCGUGCGAUGAAAAGGCGGGGGGAUCCUCGGAUGGUGAGGCUUUGGGUGUGCCUAAUGUGGGAGGCGUUUUCCUCGUUCUGGCAGUCGGCGUGGUUUUAUCUGGCGUCUAUACGGUUUGCGAACUGCUUUGGGUGGCGGGCUGCACUUCGAUAAAAGAGAAUGUUUCCUUCGUGGAUGAGAUCAAGGAUGAGCUGAAGUUCGUCGUGAAGUGCAGCGCCACGACUAAACCGGUUAGACGAAGGAAGGCUGGCUCGCGUUCUAAUUGGAGCCACGGAGAAGAUAGCAAUGGAGCCAGCACUCCGCCCUACGGCUUCAUGCCCACUGUUAUCACUACUUCAGCGGAUGACGAUUAGCGCGAUAAACGCACGAAUACAUGGCAGAUGAACUGCGGGAUUACUGUGACUUUACUUGACGAGUCCAAGCUGGGUUAUCAUCUCGACAUUGGAAAUCUAUAUCGCGUUGGAGUUGAUCCGUGGAUUAAGAUACGUUGUAACGAUAGUCGAAACAAAAAAUUAAUCACUGGAAUGUUCAGAAAAUUUGGUUGAAGAUUAGAAGCCUCGAAAUUUUUUUUUUUUUUUUUGUCUUUUUGUUACGUACGGAUAAGAAACUUCUCACCAACAUUUCGCUCAAUCAACUUCAGCGUAAUUUUUUUAAAACUUAUGUUAUAUAAUCCUAUUUCUAUCGCGCUCAUUCUUUUUACUAAAACUCACUUCUAAUGCAUUCGACAUAUCUUAACACCUUCGAAAAAUUACAUCACAGCUGGUUACUGUUUGAUUAAUGAACACUGACGAUGAAUAGAUCGUGUAAUAAUUGGGUAUUUGGAAUAUCGGUAGCUCGAUGUGAUGCAAGCUUUUUUCAAUUCUCUAAAAAAAAUAAGUGAAAACUUCAGUAAUGGUUUGUUAUUAUAAUCUGUACGAUCAUGUUUGUGUAAUUAUGAUUGUCAGUUACAGCUUCACAGAAGCAUACACGACAAUUAGUAUCGGGUGAAUGUCAUAUUUAUUAAACGCCAUACUGAAAUAGCUUCUAAUGAAAUUCAUUUUCGGCUUUGAA